AUGUCUACCUCAGUAGAGAUUGUGUCUGUACCCACCGUUGACACUCCUGGCACUUCUCUUUAUGUCCAUACCGACAAGCGCUCAUAUGUCUUCGGACGUCUUGAAGAAGGCACGCAGCGUGCCUUCCAGAGCCGCAAAUGUCGGGUGGGACCAACCGAGCAUGUCUUUCUCAGUGGCACUGUCUCAUGGCAGCAGGUUGGAGGUCUCUUCGGCUACAUCCUUACAGUUGGCGCCGUCUUGGACGCGAGUAGAGAGCAGGAGGCGGCCGAGAACUUGAGGAGGAAGGGGAAGGGUCUGAAACCUCUGAAGGAAUCUUCGAAUCACCCUAUUCACAUCCACGGUGGCGAGAACUUGAAUCAUAUCCUGGCCACAUGCCGUUCCAUCAUUCUGCGGCAACCCGUUGUUGUCGAGACGCAUGAACACAGAGAUGAUCCCCGCCUCGAUGCCAUCGAAAGUCUGGAACCGGAUUGGAAAGACGAUUCACUCCGUGUAUGGAAAAUACCAAUUCAACGAGAGCGCUCUAGUAGCCCACAGAAGCGUCGUCGUUCCAGUGUCGCUGGAGAUAUCACUGACUCCUCGGGGUUUAAAGGAUCUCCAUCUCUUUCGGAUCCCGAAUAUGCCGCCACCUUGGUCAAAGAGCUCAUGUUCAAUGGUAAACUUGGUGCAAAUCUCACGAUUAUUCCUGUGAAGCUGGCUACCGUCAAACCUGAAGACAUAGUCUUUAUCUCUCAUCUUCCAAGCGGUUUCAUUGGACUCUACACAGGCCCUAGGCCCGGUGACCCAACCUUUGUGGACACUGGUAAAACCGUAUGGAUAUUUGGUAAACCUUCACCCGACUCGCGCAACAUAUUACAAUGGAAAAUGCCUCCCACGAUAUACAGCCAAACCUCCAUGUGCUAUCUAGUCAAAUGUCUUCCUCGCCGAGGUAAAUUUGACGCCGAAAGGGCCAAAGCGCUUUCAGUAUCCGUGCGUGAUUACAGGAAGUUGAUCGCGGGCGAAACUAUAAAGACAGAGGCAGGUGUCACUGUGACCUCUAAAAUGGUUGUCGGCCCGGACAUGCCUGGUCCUGGAUUCAUCGUCGCUGACAUCGAAUCACACGAUCUUAUCGACUCUUUUAUGAAGCGACCAGAAUGGUCGAAUCCCGAAUUGAUGACAGAUGUUGUUGCUGUGUACUGGAUCUUGGGUCCUGGAUUGGCAGCAGAUGCCAGAAUUCAGAAGUUUGUCGAUGAGCACCCUACGUUGAAGCAUAUCUUCUGCGCCAAAGAUGUAUGCCCUAACGAGAUUUCCCUUGAUGGGCCUGCUCAGUUACAAACGAAGUUGCGCAUUAUUGACGGGGAAAGAUUCAAAAUACUAAAGUACGACAACAACGCCAAGGCAACAUUGCCUUCUGGGCCGUUAGUCGAAUAUGGCCGUACUGGAAACAAGAUCACCCUCAUGCCCCGCCUGAGAUUAAAUGAUGGAAUCCUUCGCCCCACUCUCAAUCUUAUGGAUGCAGUUAAUAGCAUCAACAAAGAUGUCCUGGAGCUGGCAAGGCAAGCUCUCAAAGAAACCGAGGACCCCGAGUUCCUACGGAAGCUAGAAGAGGACGAGAAGGACAUUCCUAACCGAGAUACCGAGAUCAUUCCUCUUGGUACUGGUUCUUCACAACCGGGCAAGUACCGCAAUGUUUCGUCCACGCUGAUUCGUGUACCUGGCAUCGGCAACUACCUUCUCGAUGUUGGCGAAGGUACCCUGGGCCAAAUUCAACGUCUCUUUGGAGAGAAGGAAACAGGAGACAUCCUACGAGACUUGAAGUGUAUUGUGAUUAGCCAUCUUCACGCCGAUCACCACCUUGGUACUCCCACUUUGAUCAAAGCUUGGUACGAACACACUAUCAACGAUAGCAACGCAAGGUUGGCCAUAUCUUGUAUAGAAAAAUACAAGACCCUUCUGGAAGAGGUUUCCCAAGUCGGGGACUUUGGUCUUCACCGAUUACACUUUCCCCAUUUUAGUGAUACCGACAACGAUAGGGAUGACCCCGGGCGUUGUGAGCUUAAUAAUGACAUCUUUGGACUCAAGGCCAUUACGCGUGUCAAAGUUCCUCACUGCUUCCUCUCAAUGGGCACAGAGCUGGAGCUCACAUCUGGCCUACGCAUUGCCUACUCAGGUGAUUGCCGUCCCUCGAUGGCCUUUGCCCAUACAUGCAAAGGAGCCCAUCUCCUCGUCCACGAGUGCACUUUUGACGACGACAUGAUAUCUCACGCUAAGAGUAAGAUGCAUUCCACCAUGGGCGAGGCUCUGAACAUUGCGCAAGAGAUGAAGGCGAGGAAGACGCUGCUGACACAUUUCUCACAACGGUACGUCAAGUCUGAAAUAUUAAAGGAGGACGAGCGACUCAAGGGUGGUGAUGUUCUCCUGGCGUAUGACCACAUGACAAUCAAGCUGGGUGAUUUCAAGAAGGCGGCUGCUUUCCAGCCUGUUGUUGCUAAGCUGCAGAACGCGGGUACAAGUGUGACGAUGAGGACACCAGAAUAG